AUGGAUGCGUUCAGUGUGUCUGGAGUAGCUUCCUUCAGUGUGGAUGCCUGGCCACCUCCUGGACCGAUACCCAGCUCCUUCCAGUUCCAACACCAAGGAUCAAAUUUCGCUAUAUUCGUUAUAUUCUUCGCGUUGUGUAUGAUGGAGGUGGUAGUGCUUAAGAUCAUCACGGAAGAAAGCAGGGAACAGCUAUCCAGUGUUACCUCCCUGUGGUUUGACUUGGACGAUGAGUGA